AUGUUCGUGGAAGCGGUGGAGAGGAAGCAGCGUUUCCCGAUGGCAGCGUUUGGAGAGGAGCCUGAGGCUCCGACCGAGCAGCUGGAUAUCGCGCGCGGCCUUGAAAACUUGCCUGUGAGCUUGUGGCCCCCAGGGGCCGGGCCCGGGCCCUUCCAGUAUACACCUGAUCAUGUAGUUGGACCCGGAGCAGAUACCGAUCCCACUCAAAUAACCUUCCCUGGAUGCAUUUGUGUCAAAACUCCCUGCCUUCCUGGCACUUGCUCUUGUCUCCAGUAUGAAGAAAAUUACGAUGAUAAUUCAUGCCUUAGAGAUACAGGAUUGGAAGCAAAGUAUGCCAAGCCUGUUUUUGAAUGCAAUGUCCUAUGCCAUUGUGGUGAUCACUGCAAAAACAGAGUGGUUCAGAGGGGUCUGCAGUUCCACCUCCAGGUGUUUAAGACAGACAAAAAAGGCUGGGGACUUCGUACCUUGGAAUUUAUACCAAAAGGAAGGUUUGUCUGUGAAUAUGCUGGUGAGAUUUUAGGAUUCUCUGAAGUACAAAGAAGAAUUCACUUACAAACAAUACAUGACUCAAACUACAUAAUAGCCAUAAGGGAACAUGUUUAUAAUGGGCAGGUAAUGGAAACAUUUGUUGACCCUACCUAUUUAGGAAAUAUUGGAAGAUUCCUUAAUCAUUCUUGUGACCCAAAUCUAUUGAUGAUUCCUGUCCGAAUUGACUCAAUGGUACCUAAGCUGGCACUUUUUGCAGCCAAAGACAUUUUGCCAGAAGAGGAACUCUCUUAUGACUAUUCAGGUAGAUUUCUUAAUCUAAUGGACAGUGAAGACAGAGAACAGGUAGAUAAUGGAAAACUAAGAAAACCUUGUUACUGUGGUGCCAGAUUCUGUACUACUUUCCUACCCUAUGACAGUUCACUGUACUGUCCCUUAGAAAAACCAAACAUCAAUUAGGAAGGAAACUGCCCAACUACUAAGAGAGGACAGUGAGGGUAAUGAGAGAACCAAGCACAUAUAUGGCUCAACCCCCUGUGUCUUCUUCUCUUUCAAGCAACUUAACCCUUAAGGUAAGUCUGCUCUGGGCAUGCAGGUUGCCCCUCUUUAUAAGGAAAGUUGGUGGUUGUCUAGCUUUGUCUCGACUUGGUUGCAUAAGUUUAAGUUAGCAAUGUGGCAGAAACUACAAGUUGUCCAUCGAUAUAGAAUUUUCGAUUUACCUGGGUACAUGACUACCCAGAAUACUCACUUCUCUGCUUAGAUACGGCUGAGUGACUUUGUUCCAGCUAAU